CUUCUGGGGUUUCUGAGAGGCGGCCCCUUUCGGAGAAAAUAGAAAAAAAAUAAAAAGAAAACCCAGAAUCGAAUCGAAUUGAAUCUUUCUAUAGGAUCUGAGAGGGACAAACAAAAAAACACUCACUUGGAUGAGAAAUCUUACAAUUAGAUUGAAGUAAUUUGUGCGUGUAUAUUUAUCACCGGCUCAAUCUACAAAGAAAGAAGGCAUGAGAUUUUGAAUAUGGGUCAAUGCCGGGACUGGAAAUGAAUGCAAGGACAUGGUGCACAGAUGGCAUAGUUGUAUUUGUUCGGCUCAUUUAUUGGGCCCAAAAUUAAGGACCGGUUACUUGGCAGAGGGUUCUUACGUCUGCUCACUCGAUCACGUGCAAUGUCUCGUUGUUUUCCAUUUCCACCACCUGGAUAUGAGAAUAAGGCUAGACUAAAUGAUUUGAGCUUGAUCAUAAAGGAGAAGCACAAGCAUAAAGAUAAGAGGCACAAGGACAAUGACAGAGAAAAGAAAGAAAAAAACGAGCAGAAGGGAAAAGAUAGAGCAGAUGGUAAACAUAAAGAGAAAAAGGGCCAUAAAAGGAAGCACAAGGACAAGAAGAAAGAGAAACAAACAUCUUCGGAGGAGGAAAAGACUGUUGGGCCCUCAGGGAAUCAGAAUGGCCACAGCCACAGGAUUUUGGUUGAGAUGGGAGAAAGAGUUAGAAAUGAUGACAUGGCAAUGGAUAGUAGCUGCGCCACCAUAAGUCUCGAGUUUGUUGUGGAACGCCCAGGAAAUAAUUGGGUCGGUUAUUUUUCUGCAGAAAAACGAAUUAAGGCUGAAAAUGGCUAUUGCGUAGGUAAAGUGGUUGAGCAAAGGAAUGGAAGCGAAAAAAAGAAUGGAGAUGGACUCGACAAUGGAAAUAGAGAUAAGCAUAGAAAAGAGGAUAAGAAGAGGAAAAAAGAGCAAAAAGAGGAGAAGGUGAAGGAAACCAGUAGUAAAGACACGAUUGAACGGAAUGCUAGUGAUGGUAAUUUGCAGGACUUUUGUGCUCAAAAGCCUAAAGACCUUCUAAAGGAGAGUUGGGACAGGCAGGGAAAACUUCCAAAGCUUAAGGAGCCUGUAUUAAAUGGCUUUUUGCAUGACAAUGGAACCAGGCCCAAUAACGUGUCGAGGCCCGCUAUUUCCUCUGAUCAAGUCAGCCAAAAUGGAAAUGGCCCAGUUUCUUCUCAAAAGAAUACAACAUUUUUUACCAAAGAGACACACACUGUUAUUUCGAAUCAAAAGGUAAACGGUAAGGUUUCAUCUGCUCAAUCAGUGAUUAAAAAUGAAUGGGAUAUGAGACCGUGCCAGAGUAUGAAUAACUCUGUAAAUGGCAUUUUCGAGGGUAAAUAUGACAUUUCAUCAUGGGCAUCAUCUGCUUUUGCAGAAAACUCCACAGCUGAGCCUUUCUAUAGUCAUGCGGUCAGCAAUGGCUUUAGCUCACAUUUAAUAAUGGAUAAUGGGAGAAAAACUGCCAGACCCAAUGUUCAUGAGAAGGAUAAUAAAGAUUUCAGGGUAGAUGGUACAUUGGAGGGCAAGAAGGACAUUUCUCAUCCUGAUUUGAAAUAUCUAAGCCAAAUACUCACCGUGCCUAACGUAGGACCACUUCAGUAUGAUGAUGACGAAUGGAUUUUCGGCUCCAAAGGUGAAAAGAAGCUUCAAAUGGGCCCAUCUGAAAUUGAAUGCACAAAGAGUGUCUGGGCAGAGGCUAUACGGUUCGAGCAUGCUGAUGUCACUGUGUUGCCGUAUGUUGUUCCUUACUAGACAAAGUGGGUUUUUUCCUGUGAUUUUCCAAUUUGGAAUGGCUGAAAAAUGGGUGUCCAUGUUUUGGUUUGAUAUGACACCUGAGACAUGGGUUUUGGAUAUAAUUAUGAAUUACCCUUGAGGUUUGACAAAGUAUCUUCAAGAAUUACAAGUACCCCAAUUGGAUUAAUAUGAACUCUUGAGGAUUUGUUAUUUUUGGACAAUGUCUACCAACUUAGGGUGCAGACCUUUUGAAUGAAAGUAGUGCCAUGUGGGUAUUGUAAUUUUGACAAAAUGUCAUUUUUGCAGUUAACCAAAUGUCAUUCAAGUUUGUUGAAAUUUAUUCUACAUGAACCACUUGAGAGAAUUUCAUGGUACAUAAUUUGGAGCCUCUACAGAUUUGUAAUCAGGUGGAGUUUUAAUUACCGUCUCUUGAGAUUUCUCAUUGCAUGGAAAAGUCCUGGUUUUGUCUCGUGAAAUCUUUCAGCUUAUUUACAUUAGUGUGAUACUUUUGCACCAAUGUUUCAAAUGUAUUGGGAGAUGGUAAUGCAUAUUGGUGGUGGUGGUGGUGCGGCAUAUUGCAAUUUUAAUGCGAAAUUGCGUCUGUAAUUGUUAUAUGUAAGGGUAUUUUACAUAUUCAUUACCAAUAGUUUUUCUUAUUUAAGGAGUGUGCUUCGUUUAGGAUAUGAUGAUACGGUAUGAUUGACCGUUGAAAGCAAGUCAGAUGACAGUUAAUUUAUGAUUAAUUGAUUUGAUAAUUUGUUGCUAGAAAAUAGUUGAAUUUAUUGGCUGGAUGAAUAUUUAAG